AUGACAAAUCUUCUAGUAUUUUUUUUAUCUUAUUGUGAAAUUGUAUUUUGUGUUUAUGGAUUAGCAUCGAAUGAAACAUCAUUACUACAAAACAUAAUUAAUGGAGAUACAGGAGAUGAUCAAGAAGACUUACCAUUACCAUUUGCCAAAUCCAAACCAAAAGUAUGUGGUGAAAUUAAAAUAUCCUUAUUUGAAUUAACUCGUAAAAAUUUUGAUCCAUCACCGUAUGAAGCCUGUGAAGUUGUUUUGGGUUCAAUUAUAUUUGCUCCUAUGCAACAACAAAGUAAAAGAAAUAAGAAAAACAAGAAACAAGAAACAGAUUUAACUUUACUCUCAAAACAACAACAUCCCUUUGAAUUUUUAUUUCCAACUAUAAAUCAUACUACUACUACUUCUACUACUACUACUACUACUACGACUACGACUACGACUACUAUCACUGCUACCACUGUCAUCUCAGCACCUCCAUCUUAUUCUUAUUAUUAUGAUUAUGAUUUUGAUAGUGAAAAUUCAGGCGGAAAUUCUAGACGAAUUCGUUUUUUAAAUUUAAAAGAAAUUUAUGGCUAUUUAUUAAUUGGCUAUAGUUCAAUGUAUACAUUUAGUGAAAUGUUUCCACGUUUACAUAUUAUUCAAGGAAAAGAAUUAUACCAUGGUUAUUCAUUAAUUAUAAAUGAAAAUUUUCAUCUUGAAGAUAUUAAUUUUAAUCAAUUAUUAUCGAUUAAACGUGGUGGUAUUAUUAUUGCAAGAAAUUCUCAAUUAUGUUAUGCUCGAUCAGUUAUGUGGAAUUUAAUUAAAGAAGAUAAAAAACAACGUCUAAUAUUAAGAGGUAAUCGUGAUUCAACUGUUGAAACGUGUGCAUUUUGUACAUGUCCACUUACAGCUGAUGGUCAUCAUAAAGUAUGUUGGAAUUCUACACAAUGUCAGAUUCUAUGUACAAAAGAAUGUCAGACAAAUUGUUUAUAUGAAUCAUUAACAGAUAAAAAAUGUUGUCAUUCAUCGUGUGCUGGUGGUUGUACAAAUAAUUCUAUUUAUCAAUGUAAUGCAUGUGAUAAAUUACGAAUUUAUUCAACUGGAGAAUGUGUACAAACUUGUCCACCACAUUAUUAUCGAGUUAAAGAUACAUUUUGUGUAUCAUACACGGAAUGUUUAUCAUCUGAAUUUUCUCAUAGUCAAUAUAUUUUGGAUUCAGACUGUGUUGAUCGUUGUCCAAAUGGCUACAAAAUUAAUCAUAAUCAUACACAAUGUAUUCCAUGUGAAUCGACAAAAUCAAAUAAUUAUUGUAAUGGAACGUGUGCUGAAAAACAUAUUCGACUUAUCACUGAUUUUCAACAAUUGAAAUAUUGUCAUCGAAUACAAACAUUGAAUAUUUACGAGAUUAGUGUAGCAUCCAGUGGAGAUGGAAUAAGUUCACAACAAACACAAAAUGUAAAUGAAGCAUUAGAUAAUUUAAAAUCAAUUGAAUAUAUCGAAAAUGAAUUUACUCUACAUAAUGUAAAUAUUUUCACUACUCUGGAUGUAUUUUCAAAUUUAAAACAAAUUGGAACAAAUGCUAAUUCAACAAUAACCAUAGCAGAAAAUGAUCAUUUAACAGAAUUAUGGACAAAAAAUCAACCACAACUUAGAGGAAGAUUGAAUAUUAUUAGAAAUGCAAGAUUAUGUCAAAAACAUAUAACUAAACUUAUUAAUCUUACAAAAUCAUCGUUAAAAACAGAAUUAUUGACCAUUUCCAAGGAUACAUUAAAUUCAUAUGCCAACGGUUAUUUAGCAUCAUGUGAAUCAAAUUUAUUAUCACUUACAAUUGACAGAAUUACAUCAUCAUCAGCGAUGGUCUAUGCUAGUCUGUCAUUUGGAGAUUCAAAAGCAUUAUCAUCUGCAUUAUCAGAUUUACGUCGACCUUUUUUCUCUGUGUAUUAUAAGCCAACAAAAAAUUAUCAUAAUGAAACACAUUUUGAUGCCAAUUCAUUGUGUAGUAAAAAUUUGGAAAAUAAAAAAUGGUUUAAAAAGGUUGAAAAAAUUAAUUAUGAUCCAUCAUCAGGAAAAGGUUCAAUAUCACUUACACAUUUACAAUUAUUAAAUUUAGAUGGUGAUCAAUUAUAUGCUGCCUACGGUUCGGUAGCAUCAAAUAUAUAUAUGAUCGGCAUGUUUAGUCCAAUUGUUUAUUUUAAAACAUUUAAACGACAACCAGAAUCUAUUGUAAAUUUACGUGGAUAUUCAACAUCAAAAAAUACAGUUGAAUUACAAUGGAAUCAACCAUUGAAAACACAUGGUCAAAUUGAAUAUUAUCUUAUCUAUUACGGACACAUACACGAUAAAUUACCAAUUAAAAACUCAAAAAUGUGUGCAACAUUAGAUGUUUGGCAUUAUGUUCAACCAAGUGUAUCUGAUUUACCCUCAUUAAACUCAUCACAUAACGGUAUCCGACGGCAACACUGUGCUGAUGCUGAUUUACAUCGUCAAGACAAUGAAUAUGAUACAGACUUAGAAGAUUUGGCUAUUCUCGAACAUCAGCUUAUUAAUAGUGUGGCACAACGUAAAGAUAAACUUCCUGUGUCUAAACAAAUAAAUGAAAAAAUAGCUGAUAAAUUAGAUGAAUAUUUUCAAUCGUAUGAAAGUGGUAGUGUUGGACAACAAAAUGGUAGUGAAAAACCACUAUUAGUAAAAAAUGUGCAACAACAUGUGAGAGAUUCAAAUGGAAUGAAAAUAGAUGAUAUAGAUGGAAAACAACAAAUACAACCACGAUUAUCAACACUAUCAGAUAAAGAGUAUCUGCAACAAUCUUCAUAUGAAGACGAAAUUAUUCUAAAUGAUGAAAUUGAACAUAUGCCACAAAUAACGGCAAAUAAUUUAACAGUGUUGGCUCCUCCACCACCAAAUAACCAAUUAAUUAAAGCAACAAUAACAAAUUUAAAAUAUGCACAAAUGUAUAUGUUUCAAAUUUAUGCGUGUCAAAAUACCGAAAAUGCUUCAUUAUCAGAAGCAUGUAGUACUACGGGCAUUAUAAUCACUGUUCGAACACAACCAGCAGAAAAGGAGUUAGAUUUGGUUCGUAAUUUCACUAUUACUCAUAUUUCCACGGGUCAUCAAACAUCGGAGACAAAAACUCAUUUGUAUAAAGUUCAAUGGUUACCACCUAUCGAUCCAAAUGGUCUCAUUUAUUUUUAUACACUACAAAUUCUUAAUUCUGAUUCAAAAUCGAAAGAUGAACGAUGUUUAGAAGCAAAUUUAUCAUCGUACACGUUGGAACUUUUACCUCAAACUAAAUAUGAACUUCGAUUGAUUACACAAACCAUCACUCUGCUUAACAGACAAUAUCAAGGACAAGGAAAUGAAACGCAACAAAUAGCACCCUAUGUUAAAUUAAUUAUCAUAACAAAAGCAUUACCAAGUAUUCAAAUGAUGAGACAGCUUAUUCGUAAUAAAGCAUUACUCGUUAGUCUCAUAUUAAUUUCAUCGAUUAUUUUUAUAUUGGUUAUAAUGGCCAUACCCAUAUGUUAUAAAUAUGCUAAAAAAGAUGAAAAAUCGUUUAUAUCAAAAAAUCCAAAUUACGAGCUAUAUGUACCAGAUAAAUGGGAAAUUGAGAAAGAUGCUGUUGUUUUACAAAAACAAAUUGGUCAAGGUCAUUUUGGAACGGUUUAUCAGGGUGAAUUACGCUUGGCUAAUGGACAAAUUAAAAAAUGUGCUGUCAAAGUAAAUAAUAACAUUAUUGCAUGUACUAGUUGUUAACUUUUUGUGUUUAAAUAGCUUCGAACGAUGCAUCCCACCGAUCUUUUGCAAGAAGCAUCUAUUAUGAAGUAUGAUAUCGGUUUUUGUAUUUAUACAGUAACGAAUUUUUUUUUUUUUAAGUUAAGACGAGUAGGGAUGCCACAUUACUGUUACUGUUACCAGUAAUACAAAUAUUGUAUAUAUUCCUAUUACUAGUAACAGUAAUACUGAACAGUAUUUCUAUUCUCAGCAACAGCAACACUAAAAGCAUUACUGUUACUGGGAAUAGGAAUAUUCAUAAAAUUAGUAUUACUUUUCAGUAAAGUAAUAAAUACAAGAAAACUUUUUUUUUCAAAAGAAUAUUCAAAAGAUUUUCUAACGUGUUCUUGGAUGAAUAUUUCUAUCAG